AUGAUGAACUCUUCUCUUCUAACUCCUUCAUCUUCAUCUUCUUCCCAUAUUCAACCUCCGGCGACGACUUUUGACCACGAAGACUUCCUCGAUCAUAUCUUUGCCUCCCCUCCAUGGCCCUCUGUCGACGAAGCUCAUCCUCCUCCGCCUCCCUCCGAUGGCGGCUUCCAACAGAUCAUGAUGAUGCCUUUGUCCUCUCACCAUCAAACCGACGUUGUCGAUGGCUCCUCCGUCCACGCUCUUUACAAUGGCUUCUCCACCGCCGGAUCUCUUCCUUUCCACAUCCCUCAGGGGUCGGGAGGUGGGUUGAUGAACCAACAAGGACAAACGCAAACGCAAACGCAACCUCAGGUGGGUGCGUCUACAGCUACUGGCGCUACGGUGGCGGCUCCGCCGCAGAGUAGGACUAAAGUCAGAGCUAGGAGAGGUCAAGCAACUGAUCCUCACAGUAUCGCCGAACGGUUACGAAGAGAGAGAAUUGCGGAGAGAAUGAAAGCUCUUCAAGAACUCGUUCCUAACGGCAAUAAGACAGACAAGGCAUCGAUGCUCGAUGAGAUUAUAGAUUAUGUCAAGUUUUUACAGCUCCAAGUCAAGGUACUGAGCAUGAGCAGAUUGGGUGGUGCUGCUUCUUCUCAAAUCUCUGAGGGAGGAGUUGCUCAAGCAGGUGGGUCCAACGGGAACGCAUCCUCCGCCGGAAACUCCAACGAGAGUGUAACGAUGACGGAGCAUCAAGUGGCGAAGCUAAUGGAAGAAGACAUGGGCUCAGCCAUGCAAUACCUUCAAGGGAAAGGUCUUUGUCUCAUGCCUAUCUCUUUAGCUACUGCCAUCUCAACCGCCACGUGUCACCCUCGUAACCCUUUGAUCUCUGGAGCUGCUCCUAACGUCGGAGGUCGUCCUUCUUCUCCUAAUCUUUCCGGCAUGGCCGUACAGUCAACGAAGUUAAAUGGUAACGGUAACGGUCUGACGGAGGGGUUGUCUUCUAUGGCCGUUAAAGAAGCUGUCUCCGUUGCGAAGCCGUGA